AUGGGCAACGAAAAUUCAAUUCCUAUGGAACUAUGUUCAAAUUUCGAUGCGGACGAGAUCCGGAGGCUGGGCAAGCGGUUCCGCAAGCUGGACUUGGACAACUCGGGUGCGCUGUCCAUCGACGAGUUCAUGUCACUGCCCGAAUUACAGCAGAAUCCACUCGUUCAAAGGGUGAUAGCGAUCUUUGACGCCGAUGGCAAUGGAGAGGUUGACUUCAAGGAGUUCAUCCAAGGCGUGUCGCAGUUCAGCGUCAAGGGUGACAAGCUUUCCAAGCUGAGGUUCGCCUUUCGCAUCUACGAUAUGGAUAACGAUGGUUACAUAUCUAAUGGCGAACUAUUUCAGGUACUGAAGAUGAUGGUGGGAAACAACUUAAAGGACACGCAGCUGCAACAAAUUGUUGAUAAGACCAUCUUGUUCGCGGACAAAGAUGAGGAUGGCAAGAUUUCCUUUGAUGAAUUCUGCUCUGUGGUUGGCAACACAGAUAUACAUAAGAAGAUGGUGGUUGACGUUUAG